AUGACUCUUUCCAAUAACCAAUCACAAGAGAUUAUAAAGUGGAAACAUGUCACUACGCCAGCACCUGAGGAAGUUGAAUCAGAAUUUGGAUUAGAUUCCGAAACCAAGCCUAGAGAAAUUAAAGCAUUCAAACUAAAGACCAAAGUUACUACCAACACCCGAGAUACUCCUGGUGUCCCAGACUCAAUUCCUCUAGAUUCAUCCCUCGAAACACCCUCAGGCCUGAAUUCUCAACUGAAUCAUGCCAAUGAUAAACGCUUUACUCAAUUCGAUCAGCAUAUGAAAUUCUCUACACAAAUUGACCGGCAGGAGGGACACUUUUCCCAAUUGGAACAACUUAUGCGUAACAACCAACAAUUGGAAGCUGCUAUAGCAAGCGCCAAUAUGAAAAUUUGUCAAUUGGAAACUCAAUUGCAGCAAGCCUUAGAAUCACAACAAGAUACUGAGAUACUCACUACCCCCAGCUCUCGAUAA